AUCAACGCGAUAUCACUUCACAUGAUACCAGCUCAUCAUGUGUCCCCCAGGCACUGACCAGACUACCCGCACCAGUCCCCGCUGGAACAUCCUCGCACUUGAUGUCGAGCAAAUUCAGAAACUCCCCGAACAUCAAGACCCUCAAAAGCUUCUUGCCUCCGGCACAUCACUGAACGCAUGGCAGAGACUAUAUCGUCUUUCCACCCCGCUUUUCCACCACAAUAGUCCCCUGCACAGGCCAUCAACCCCCAAUACGAGCACGCCAGCAGGAAAAGUGGCCAAUGUACCUAGUAGUGUAACGACCUCCUCCUCGGUGAUCCAGCCCCUGGCAGAAACACAAUGCCAUUUCGAUACUUGCCCACCGGAGAUCCUGUCACUCAUUACAGCCUUCCUGUCCACCGAGCCGGAGUCCCUGAUCGCGCUGGCCCUCUGCUCCCGGCGGCUAUGGCACCACGUCGUUGCCGGCGACCUCUUCCGUCUGGGGGGCAGCAGUAGAGCAGGGAUCUGGGCAGGCCAGCCUCUGAUCUGCACGAGCACAUGGCUGACGGGUCUUCCCGAUUCUGUUCUUGCACACUGCCCCCAACUCGUCGCCGACAUGGAGGAGUGGAACGCCCGAUCCGACCCGCAGGGGCAGGUCCUCGUCGGUAUCCGGAACGGGCGCGGCAGAUACAGAGCCCUCGGGCUCAUCCGUGGCAUGAACCCCGUCCGGAGGUGGAACUGGAACGCCUACGGUCAGUGGAAAGAUGUUGGCGAGUGCAACAACCCGCAGCGUAUAUUUGUUGAGGCCUAUGAAAAGCACAUUCGGUCUGAGCUGUCCGAUGGUAGGAUAGGGCGGAGGCUCGCCUGUUCGUUGAGGGGCGCUCUGGCGCGGGCGCUGGACCCGCUCGAGAUGAGUUCCGCCGAGUCUUGGAUCCUGAGGAACCUGGACACCCGGGAGUAUGUCCGCUUCGUUGUUUCCGGGUCCGACGAUACUGGUACACACAAAGAUGCCGAGAAGGCGAAGCUGCCUCUCACGCCGGACAGUAGUGAUAUUGCAGGCGAUGAUGGUGCCCACAACGACGACGACAACGACGAUUCUGAAGCCAACCAAGGCCCACCAUUGAAGAAGCGGAAGCAGACGAACUCCUCGACCCCGGCGGCAGCAGAGGACAAGGCAAAGUUCCUCGCCGUCCCCGGCUCCUCGUGGCUCACACCAGACUAUGUGAUUUUAUCCCAGAUUUAUUGGUGUGAUUAUCACGUUCUGCAGCACCACCCUCUCCUGCGUAAACUGUGGCAAGGAGCAUGGGCUGGCCACCGGUUUGAUAUUGUCGAGGCUGGCCGUGACACUGAACUGCAUCUUCCCGCGACCGGAGCUGGAAAGCAGGAUGGCGGCAAGAGCGAGUGGGCGGACGUGACGGAUCAGAUCCUGGAGACGUGCACAAGGUUGCGAGAGUAUAUCGCAUCUGUCGAGCUAUAAUUAUAAAGACGUUCGUGUCAUCUGGCGUAUCUCGUCAAUUCUGACCUCUCCUAAUA